CAAUUCGGUUCAAGACUUACCGAUCUCGGACGGCAAUAAAAGUUAUUCCCGGAUAACGGUCUGCGCCUUCCUCUUCUACUUCAUCUGCGGCUGCACCUCGCUGAUGCAGAGCUGCUUUGCGUACAUACACCCUCGACCAUACAAUGCCCCUGUUGUAUCGCAAUUGGAUAGCAGCUGAUAAGAGUGCCGAAUGAGUGUGUCGUUGCAAGAGUCACAAGCACAGUUACCGGAUAUGUAUCCAAUGUGGCGCGUGUGCUUUCAACUACAGAAUGCGCAUCUCCACUUUCCGGCACUAGCUCUGCACCUUGGUAGGCUGCAGAAUCCAUUAAAGAAUCAGGUGGCCCAGACUAUUGAUCUGCGCAGCCGUGCAUCUGUCAGCACAAGUCGAACCCUCACAGAUCGCACGAUUAUUUCUUAUCUCAUGAUCUAUCUCCGCGACGACUUAGUCCAAACCAAUGUUGACAUCUGAAAAGAACAAAGAGGUGGAGCAUGAAAGAGAUACAUCACUAGAACUGGAUGUUGAGGAAAAUGGCCCACGCCAGACCUUGCAACGGCAGGUCUCUGGACCUCCGUAUUCGGUGUUCAGUUCGCGAAUGAAGAUAUGGAUCAUCUUCCUCGUCUCGAUAUCGGCACUGAUCUCGCCAUUUGGCGCAACGCUGGUGCUCCCCGCGCUCAACGUCCUUACAGACGUGCUAGAUAUUACGCCCACUAAGGCUAACAUAUCAAUCACUACCUACAUGAUCGCCCAAGCCAUCGCUCCAGCCAUAAUCGGUGCUAUGUCAGACACAAGUGGCCGGAGACUGUCUUUCAUCCUCUGCUACAUCAUCUACAUUGUCGCCAAUGUUGGACUGGCCUUACAGACCAACUACGUAGCUCUGUUGAUCUUACGUAUGGUACAGGCCGUGGGCUGUAGUGCUGCCAUUUCCCUUGCAUUCGCCAUUGUAUCGGAUAUAGCGACCUCUGCCGAGCGUGGAAAGUACAUGGGUUAUGCGGGCGCGGGUAUCUUGUGUGGUCCAGCAUUUGGGCCAACCAUUGGUGGUAUACUGGCGCAAUUUCUGGGAUGGCGAUCAAUAUUCUGGUUUCUUGCAAUCUUCGCUGGUGUACUGCUCGUCCUCUUCACUUUCCUUUUCCCUGAGACCUGCAGGAAUGUGGUAGGCAACGGAUCAAUACCUGCACGAGGCAUCAACCGGUCCGUAAUCAGUUGCAUCCAGCAGCGCAAACUUGCCAAGCAGUCCACUCUCGCCGAGGAAGGCCAGGAGAGCAACGCAGACGCUCCGCCAGCAAGACCCAAGAUCUCGUUGAACCCGCUCGCUACCUUUAGCAUUUUUACCGAGAAAGAGUCUUGUAUAAUACUCCUGUAUAAUGGAUUCUUCUUCACAGGUAUGAUGAUCACGACAUCAUCUAUUCCUGACCUUUUCAAGACGGCGUACAACCUCAACGAACUGGACAUAGGGCUCUGCUACAUUGCAAGCGGCAUCGGCUCCCUCAUCUCAUCUCUGUCCAUGGGUCACGUCGUCGACUGGAACUUCAGACGCCAUGCUGCCCGCCUGAAUAUGCCUAUCUCUAAGGGCAAACAGCAAGACCUUGGUGAUUUUCCAAUCGAGCGAGUGAAGCUCGAAAUUGUCCUACCUGGACAUGUAAUCGGCAUCUUGGGACUGAUCAUGUUUGGCUGGACUGUCAAGUUUCAGACACAUCUAGCCGGUCCCGAGAUUGCAUUGUUCAUCACGGGCUUUGGCAUCUCGACUGCGUUCAACAUUACGAAUGGACUGCUCAUUGAUCUCCACCGCGAUAAGCCUGCUGCGGCGACAGCAGCAGUGAAUUUUGCCAGAUGUCUGAUGAGCGCAGGGGGGUCGGCAGCGAUCAUUCCAAUGUGUAGAGCCAUGAAUCCGGGCUGGGCAUUCACGUUUGUUGGAUUAGUGUAUGUAGUAUUGAUCGGCGUGGUUGUAUGGAUUAUGCGGAAUGGAUUGCGGUGGAGGCAGGAUGCGGCUGAGGCGUCGAGGCUCAAGAUCGAUGGACAUAAGGAGGCAAUUGCGCAAGAUCGUGCUUAGUAGCGGUUCGACUGUAAGACAUGUGUUCUUGAGACUCGGUUUUCGGGGCUGGCUGCUGCAGUGAGCUUCUGUACUGAACCCAGGAAUUUCCUACCAGCCACUUGGCACUUCUGUAGAAACUACACCAUCAGCCAUGUAAACACUACCGAAUCAUUCUGUUUAGCUAACAUAGUCCAACGAGAAAGAC